CCACCCCCACACACACACCCAAAAAAAAUGCAAUUUUUUCAAGUAAAUAGCAAAACCUCAUCAUGCCAUGGCAUCAAAAAUCUUAUUUUAAUAUCUUGUUUUGCUUGCACAAUUUAUUUUCUAUAUCCAUUCAUUCUUGUUCCAAAUUCCAAUUUUCUUGAUUAUUCCUUACAUGAUCAACCAUUUGGUUUAUCAUCACCAAUUACUCUUCAAAAUGUUGUUUUUGGAAUUGCAUCUAGUUCAAAAUCAUGGUCAAAGAGAAAAGAAUAUGUGAAACUUUGGUGGAAGCCAAAUGAAAUGAGGGGUUGUGUGUUUCUUGAAAAAGAUUUGCCUAAUAGUACAACUACUACAAAUGGUUCAAUUUCUCUUCCUCCAAUUUGUAUUUCAAAUGAUAUUUCAAGAUUCCCAUAUUCAAAUAAAGGUGGGAGUCCAUCAGCAAUUAGAGUGGCACGUGUCGUGUCAGAGACAGUCGCGCUUUAUCUUAAUCAUUCAGAUGAUGAUGUGAAGUGGUUUGUUUUUGGAGAUGAUGACACUAUUUUCUUCCAAGAAAAUUUGGUGAAGACAUUGUCUAAAUAUGACAAUGGGCUUUGGUAUUACAUUGGGUCAAAUUCAGAAAGUUUUAUACAAAACAAGUUUUUCUCAUUUGAUAUGGCUUUUGGUGGUGCUGGUUUUGCUAUAAGUUAUCCAUUAGCUAAAAUUUUGGCUAGAGUUUUUGAUUCGUGUAUAGAGAGAUAUGCACAUCUUUAUGGAAGUGAUGGUAGAAUUCAUGCCUGUUUGACAGAACUUGGUGUUACAUUAACACAUGAGCCAGGCUUUCAUCAGAUGGAUUUUCUUGGAAAUGCAUUUGGAUUAUUAGCUGCACAUCCAAUUAGACCUUUGGUAUCACUACAUCACAUGGAGAAAAUUGAUCCAAUUUUCCCUAACAUGACAAGAAUGAAGUCCCUGGAGCAUUUGUACCAUGCUGCAAAUUUUGAUCCACAAAGAAUUUUGCAGCAAACAGUAUGCUACGAUCGACGAUUUUCGUGGACAGUGUCAGUGUCAUGGGGCUAUGUUGUACAAGUUUUUGAGAACAAUGUACAAUUGCCUGAUGCACUACGUGUGCAGGAGAGUUACUUGCCCUGGAAAAAGAAUGCUUAUAGUACACUUUAUGAGUUUAAUACAAGGAAAUUUGAGGUUGAUAUAUGUAAAAGACAACUUGUUUAUUUCUUGGAUGAAGUAUCUUUGGGAGUUGAUGGAAUAAAAACUAUUUACAAGAAGAGAGCAUAUGAUAAUUGCACAUUUACCAAGAAUUCACCAAGGAAAUUAGAUGAAAUUAGAGUAUUCUCUCACAAGUUAGAGCUUGACAAAAAGAAGUUGGUAGCACCAAGAAGGCAUUGCUGUGAUAUAUUAACUUCUACAUCUGAUCAAGUGAUGGAAAUAGGGAUAAGAGAAUGCAAAGAAGAUGAACUUAUUUACAUGCAUAAUUAGAGAUGAAAUUAUUAUUUUUCUUUGCUUGUGACAUAAUUUAGAUAAAAAAGAUCCAGAGUCAGAUAAAUAAACAGGGAUGUCAUAAUUAAUUGUUAUUGUAUAUGUAUUAAUUUUACUUAGUUUAGAUAUAUACUUUACUAAAGCAAUUUAGAGAGCUAUUAGGACUUUUUUUUAUCAAGAAAAAUCUCAAAUUUGAAGGAAAGUUAAAGAAUUUUUAAAA